AUGCCUCGUAGUUUUAGUAGACGUAUCAUCCAACACGGUAUUCUGCUAUGUACAUCGGCUGUAAGCACUGGUUUUCUCGGUCAAUAUAUGCUCGAGAAAAACAAAUUAAGAGCAUCGAGUGCUCCAUUACAUAGACCAGCCGUAUGGUUAGAUGACUAUCCAUCACGUGAAGCUCAAAUUGAUAUUAUGUCCAAAGAAUCUGAAUACGAUAUUGUAGUUGUUGGUGGUGGUGCUACAGGCUGUGGAGUAGCUGUUGAUGCAGCUAGUCGAGGCCUCAAAGUUGCAUUAGUAGAAAAAUAUGAUUUUAGUAGCGGAACAUCAUCCCGAUCUACAAAAUUAAUUCAUGGUGGCGUAAGAUAUUUACAAAAAGCAAUCUUGCAAUUCGAUAGCGAACAAUAUCACAUGGUAAAAGAAGCUUUAUCAGAGCGUGGUAAUCUUCUUAAAAUUGCACCACAUCUAUCCUACCCAUUACCAAUUAUGUUACCAGUUUAUAAAUGGUAUCUUUUACCGUAUUAUUAUGCGGGCAUCAAAUCCUAUGAUCUUGUGUCUGGUCGGCAAUUGCUUCGCUGGUCUUAUGUUAUAUCAAAAACUAAAGCUUUGGAAUUAUUUCCAAUGUUAAAGAAAGAAAAACUUGUUGGUGCUAUUGUAUAUUAUGAUGGGCAACAUAAUGAUGCUCGUAUGAAUAUAGCACUUGCAUUUACAGCAAUACGUAUGGGUGCCAAUAUUGCUAAUCAUUGUACUGUAACUGAUUUUAUACAUGAAAAUAUUGAAAUUAAUAGUAGUGAUGGAAAAACAGAAACAAAAAAAGUCAUUCGUGGUGUGAAAUGUUUAGAUCGAUAUCGCAAUAAAGAAUUUACAAUACGUGCGAAAUGCGUUGUCAAUGCGACAGGACCGUAUACAGAUGAAAUUCGACAAUUAGAUGAUCCAUCAACACCAAAAAUUUGUCAACCCUCAGCUGGCGUUCAUAUUGUCUUACCAGAUUAUUAUAGUCCAACUAAUAUGGGACUUCUUGAUCCAAAUACGUCCGAUGGACGUGUCAUAUUUUUUCUACCGUGGCAAAAACAUACAAUGGCUGGUACCACUGAUACGCCAUGUGAAGUAACUGAUUAUCCAUCGCCAUCAACUGAAGAUGUAGAUUUUAUACUAGGCGAAAUCAAAAAUUACCUCUCAUCUGAUAUUCAAGUACGUCGUGGUGAUGUUUUGGCAGCAUGGUCUGGUAUUCGACCGCUUGUUCUGAAUCCAAAUAAAAAAGAUACACAAUCAAUUGCACGAAAUCAUAUUAUUCAUGUUAGUGAUUCAGGUUUAGUUACAAUUGGAGGAGGAAAAUGGACAACCUAUCGACAGAUGGCUGAAGAAACUGUUAAUCGUUGUAUACAAUCAGCUCAACUUCAACCAAAGAAUAACUGCGUUACGAAAGGUUUAACACUUAGUGGAGGUGAAAAAUGGACAGCUACAUCUUAUAUACGACUUGUUCAAGAUUAUGGCAUUGAAACUGAUGUUGCUAUUCAUCUUUCGAAUACAUAUGGUGAUCAAGCAAAUAAAGUAGCUGAUCUAUCAUCAUUAACAGGAAAACGUUGGCCAGUUAUUGGUAAACGUUUACACGCCGAAUUUCCUUAUAUUGAAGCUGAAGUUAGUUAUGCUAUAAAAGAGUAUGCUCGUACAGCAAUUGAUAUGCUUGCACGACGAACAAGACUUUCAUUUCUUAAUGUUAUUGCUGCUGAAGAAGCUCUUCCACGUAUCAUAGACAUCAUGGCUAGAGAAUUGAAAUGGAACGAAAAAAAACAAAAAGAAGAAAUGGAUCGUGCAAAAACAUUUCUACUUCGUGAAAUGGGUCUUAAUUUGAAACGUGAUAUGCGUCGAAAUGUACCAAUUAAUUUUACCCGAGAAGAAAUGAGCUAUUAUAUGAAACAUUUUCGACAAAUGGACGUUGAAAAUAAAGGUUUUUUAACACUUAGCGAUCUAAAAAGACAUUUACAAGUAUCCGAUAGUGAUAUAUCCCAAGAAGAGCUUCGUAUUUUAAUGCAUGAAGUUGAUCAAAAUCAAAAUGGUAUUAUUGAAACUGAAGAAUUUCUUCAGCUUAUGAGUGCAAUCAAUACCGGUGCUGUAUCGACCAGUCAUUUUAUUAAAGCUGCUCGUAUUGGUAAAAUGAAGGGCACUUCAGGAGUUGAACGAAGCGGUGGUGGCGUUUGA